AUGAAACGUGUGAAAAUCGAUACUCAGCUGAACCUAGACAAGACGUUGUUUAUGAAGAACGGAUGGGUUUCUGAUUCCCCAUUCACGCUCAAGGGAAAAAAACAUCCGGAUACUCCAGCUAUGUAUGUAUAUCUAUGUCGGGAAAUCAACAUGUUGAACGACCUGAACUCCGAGCUGGGCACAAGGAAACGAGCGGCUUGGGGAGCAUUCAAGAGCAUCGAGGAUGUAGUGAAGAGGACCAAGAACAUCCGGCUCCGUGCUCACCUAUUCAACACCACCGUUCUUAAUGUUCUGACCUACGCUUCAGAAACGUGGGCAUUUCGCAAGCAGGAUGAAAAUACGAUCAGCGUUGUAGAACGCAGAAUUAAAAGGGUGAUGCUAGGAAUAACCCGCUUCACGCAACUGAAAAAAGGAAUUCGAAGUUCCUAUGUCACCGAUCAGAAACGCUGCCGCAUAUGCCAAGGAAAGCAAAGUUAG